AUUUCAUCUUUUUAUAGCCCCAAUGCGACCGGCAGUGUGGAGACCCUUGACGACCAGACUGAGACGGAGUCUGUAGUUUCCUUCAGGAGGGAGAGGCCUCGGCACAGAGAUGGCAUGGAGCCGCACGGGCCUCGCAUCAACGGGCAGAGUCGCCUAGAGCGCCACCUGGCAGGUUACGAGAGCUCCAGCACCGUGAUGAGCAGCGAGCUGGAGACCACCAGCUUCUGCGACUCGGAGGACGACGACACCAUGAGCAGGUUCAGCAGUGCGACAGAGCAGAGCACAGCCUCCAGGCUUCUCAAGCGGCACCGCAGACGCAGGAAACAGCGCCCCCCACGUCUGGAGAGGGCCUCCUCCUUCAGCAGCGUGACGGACUCCACCAUGUCCUUGAACAUCAUCACCGUCACUCUCAACAUGGAGAAGUACAAUUUCCUGGGCAUCAGCAUCGUGGGCCAGAGCAACGAAAGGGGGGAUGGAGGCAUCUACAUCGGCUCCAUCAUGAAGGGAGGAGCUGUGGCUGCGGACGGACGCAUCGAGCCGGGUGACAUGCUGCUGCAGGUGAAUGACAUCAACUUUGAGAAUAUGAGCAACGACGAUGCAGUGCGGGUCCUGAGGGAGAUUGUACACAAGCCAGGGCCCAUCAUCCUCACAGUGGCAAAGUGUUGGGACCCCUCUCCUCAGGGCUACUUCACUCUGCCUCGCAAUGAACCAAUCAGACCCAUCGACCCGGCAGCGUGGGUGAGCCACUCGGUGGCCAUGACCGGAGCUUACCCCGCCUUCCCAGGCAGCUCCUCCCUCAGUACCAUCACCUCCUCCUCCUCCGUCACCGAGACCGAACGUGAGAACCAUAAACGAUAUCCUCCACUGCUUUACCCAGUUUCUUUGUCUGUGUGGAUAUCCAAAGCCUGGAUGAGGUUAUUUUUGUAAAGUAUCUGUUUCUCU